GUUAGAAGUGAUCCGGAAGGAGGAUAGUGAGACGCUGCGGACCAGCUAUCACACAGAAAAAAGCAAUCAGGUCACAUUUGUAAUGCAAAAAUACAAAAAAAUAUGUGUUGCAUAUCCUAAUUAGCAUGCUAUGGGGUGGCCCAUGAGGGAUUUUUCUGUCUAUUUGCUUUUGCAUUGCAAACAUGCCCUGUCUGCUUUUUUCUGUGGGAUACCAGCUGCCGCAAGCAGAUGGAACACACGGUCGCGGGCACGACGAGCGCGCUCCGCGGAAUUUUUGAGAACAAAGAAUCCGGCACCCGCGUGGCGGAUAAGAAUGACCACAGCUACGGUUUGGACGCAGAUGUCGAUAUCAUUUCCCUGCAGGCUUCGGUAGACACGAUUCUGACAAAAGCGAC